GAGACUUACAGGAUCGUCCGCCACAAGGAGCCGGCUCUUCCUUAUACCCUCAAGGACCAGGUCCCUCGUCGCCGCGCGGGAAGCCUAGGUCAACGCUCGACGCGAACCCGGCCAUCCGCGCUGCACCAAAGAGCUCUCUGCUUGGCUAAUGGCGGCCGAGCCUGCAUAUUGGGGUGUGGGUGGGUUUAGUCGGAAGAUGGGUGUGUAGGCGGAUCGAAGGACGGACGGAGAGAUUAGGAGGGUUCCUAAGAGUGUGGGCAGGCAGCAGGGGGACGAUGACGGGGCCAAACAAGAGCAAAGGAGCCACAUUAUUGCAUCAAGAGCUCCAUCAAAAGCGGGGGGACGAGGGUUAGGUGGAUUCUUUUGCGAUGCUCUUGUUUUUUUUGAUGAUGAUCAAAUACUGUAGAUGGACGAGCCAGGACCUUGUGAUGAUGAUGGCUAUUGGGCACAGUGUGAACAGCGCGCGCGCGCGUGGGUGUGCGCGAGCAAGAAAGAAAAAAAGGACACGAGCGAGAGCGAGAGCAGGGGACAAGGGAGCAAAAGAUGGGGAAGGAAGAGAGAGAGAGGUACAGUAGUGACUCGUAGCAGCAGCAAGCAGCGCAACGGAGCAAAGAAUCGCAAGAAAGAGAAUGAAUCGAGCUCUUUCCUUUCGAUCGCGGUCGUGGGUCUCAUUGACAAAAGAGGAAAGGUCGAUGGAGCAGGGAUACGAUCGUGUAAAUUAAUUUACAAGAGAAAGUGGGUAAAAGGGAGUGGAUGGCUGAGGGAUGACUGCCAGCCCUCUAACGAGAUUUGGAUCAAGUGCAGACUGAUUGGGGGAAAUGAGCAGCGUGGUCGAGGCGUGCCAUGGUGCCACUACGCAGACGCCUCGGUGAAAUAAACUCAAAACUGCCCAAAACGCCCAAAGACACGACUCAUGUCGGCCGAGUUCCGCACCGUCGGGGAAAAACAGGCCCAUCAAAAAGAGCAAUAGAAUGGGCCAUGGGACGAAGCGGGAUCGAACUCGGUCGCUUUGUUACUUGUGCCCUGUGCUAAACCAACUUUGCACUGGAGCAGUAUCUAUUCUUAACCAUCACUCAGUGUUAUUUCGCGCAUCGUUAUUGCACGAAAGCACAAUCUGGGCAAGAGCAAAACUCAAUGCUCGCCGUUAGUGGUUGGAAAACUAGCCGUCAACUCCCAAAGAAAGAAAGUCACAAGUAUAUAUCUUUGAGAAAUCUUGUUCGGAGGCACCAAUAGUUCCAUUUAUUCGCUCC